AUGACCGAUCCGGACCAUCGAGACGACGAAGCCGCCAGACCAGACCGCGUGGUCAACGACGCAGGUAGCGAGGUCGAAGAAGCAGCCAUUGGUGAUGCGGGCCAUCAACACCCGGAUGCACCUCUCGAGAGCGCGGCAAACAACACCGACAACGACGAUUCCAAGAAUGCUUUCAACGUCACCACCCAUCGCGACAACCCGGCCGACUCUUCCGGCGGUUCCGGACCCGACCGAUCGACCAGUCCCCUCGAGAUCGUAGACGACAACCUGGGCGGCCACGACGGCGCCCGCGGUAGUGGGAGCAGCAUCUCGACCCCGCGCUUCCUCCAGGAGGAGAGGUCAUCUCGACGGUGGAAUUGGGUGCCGUACAGUGUGCGCCGCACCGCCAGGGCAGUCAACAAGUGGUCCUGGGGCCCUCCGAACCCGCAACCGUACCGCAUCACGCCCUUCUUCCCCGCUGUCCAGCAGUUCCCGCUGUAUCUGGUGGACCGGUUCCUGCCGAAGCGCAAGCAGCGCGGCUGGCUCAUAUCCGUCUACUUCUCCCUGUGGAUCAUCACCUUCACGCUCGUCAAGCGGGCGGGCACCAUCUCGACCGAGGUUCCCGGCUGGGGCACGCCCGAGGACAUCGGCUGCGGCACCACGUACUGGAGCUCGGGCAACGGGUGUGGCAUCGACGGCAACGACUGCCGCCCCUUCAACAACAGCGGCUUCCUGUUCCGCUGCCAGGGCAGCUGCGACAGCUACCACGUCCUCAACCCGCACGCCGUGGGCGAUCAGGAGGCCAUCUACCGGUCCAUCGUGGUCGGCGGGCCGACCGAUGGCGAGACGUACUACCGCGGCGACUCGUACAUCUGCGGCGCCGCCAUCCACGCGGGUAUCAUCGACAACGCGCACGGCGGCUGCGGCGUGGUCGAGCUCAUCGGCGAGAGGAAGUCGUACGACGCGUCGAAGCGCAACGGCAUCGAAAGCCUGGGCUUCGACACAUACUUCCCGCUGUCCUUCCGCUUCGUCCCCGGCAUCCAGUGCAGCGCGCAGGACAUGCGCUGGUCGCUGCUGGCCAUCUCCACCGUCUGGACGGCCGUGCUGUCCGUCUUCACCGACUCCGCCGCCCUGUUCUUCUUCGGCAACUUUGUCAUGAUGUUCUGGACGGUGGGCAUGGCCACGGACACGCCGUCCUACAGCUCCGUGGCCAGCCUCUUCUCCAACAUCCUCGGAAAGUUCCUGCCCGCCAUGUUCUGCGCCUGGGUCAUCUACGACAAGAUGGGCGUCAAGCGCACGCUGGGCGGGCUGACGGCCCAGCUCGAGAAGACGGUCCUGUGGCUCGGCCCCUGCUGGGUCGGCGCCCUGGACAACUACACGCUCGACUUCAUCCCCAUCCAGCGCCUCACGGGCCACGACCUCGAGCAGCAGCCCGGCGCGAAGGCGGCGCUGGCCGUCAUCGUCAUCGUGCUCACCGUCAUCGUCGCCUCCCAGGUGUGGUUCUUCCGGCAGGAGGGCCGCUUCCGGCGGUACAUCAAGGUGUACGCCCUGUUCAUCGGGGGCAUCGUCAUCGCGCUGCUCCUCCCCGGCCUGGACCUGCGCAUCCACCACUACAUCCUGGCCCUGCUCCUCCUGCCGGGGACGAGCAUGCAGAUGCGCCCUUCCCUCGUGUACCAGGGCCUCCUGGUGGGCCUGUUCAUCAACGGCAUCGCCCGGUGGGGCUUCGACUCAGUCCUCCAGACCCCCGACGAUCUCCGGGGUGAUGCCCAGCUGGGCACCGAGCUGCCCGUCAUCCCCACGCCCGAGAUAGCCCUGGCCAACAGCACCGCCGGCACCGCAUCGUCAAACAUCACCUUCACAUGGAACCUGCCCUCCGGUGGCGCCGCCAACUCCGAGUUCGACGGCAUCAGCAUCCUGGUAAACGAUGUCGAGCGCUUCCGCUCCUACUUUGACGACUCGGUCGGCCAGGAGGACAGCUUCGUCUGGCAGAGGGACGCCGACCUCGCCGUCCCGGAAUACUUCCGCUUCGCCUUCAUGGACGGCUCCUCGUCCGGCGACUAUACCAAGGCCGGCACGUGGACUGCCCAGGGCGAGUGGGUUACCAUGAAGCCUGGGCCGUCCAAGAUCAAGGCUAGAGAUGCACCGUCUGAUAUUGUUGUCAAGGGACGACGACGUUGA